UCAAUCGGUUCGGACUGCUCGUCGUGAAAGGUUCGUUGAGCGCGCGGGAAAACUGAAAAGUAUCGAGGCGAUAUUCGAACGAAACGGAAAAGUGCUACAAAAUAAGGCGAGUGCAAUUCCUCGACCUGCAAACGCCGGUGGCUAAGGUUGCCAAGAAGCCUCGCAAUUAAAUCUAUUUUUGCCGACAAAAAAAAUACACAAACGGAAAGCAAAAACAAAACGCAAUCGCUGGCAAAUCAAUUGCUUAAGGAAUUGAGUACUAUUUAGGCGUGUUAUGUCAUGGAAAGUCUCUGAGCGAAUCUCUUGAACAGGUUCAGUUCAAUAUUUGUGUGCAAUUUUACGACCUUUUGAAAACUGCAAAAGUAACAAACAAAAAAGUGCCAGACACGCGCGUAAUAUUUUGCACACUUUUUCUAGCGGCGUCGAGAAGAGAAACUCCGUGCUCUCUCCCCCUCCUCCCCAACCACCCACUAUCCCACGUUUACUACCACUUUUAUUGCUAACGCGUGUUUUUUGGGGCCUUUUGUUUUGUGCGCUCGUAUUUGUGGGCCGUGUGUCCUAGUGUGUGUGUGUGUGUGCGUGUUAGCCGGCAUUUGUGCAUUUGUGUGUGUUGCCGCGAACAGCUGUUCCCCAGACAGCAUGCAGAAGUAAAUACGAAGAGCGAAUAGUGGUGCCGAAAUAUAAAAAUCCCAAAUCGCGGGCCUAAAAAGAUAUCUCAGAGUCAAAUCAAAUUUCGCCGCAUCAUCCAUCAAAAUGGCGACCAGGAGCAUCCGGCUUGCGCAGCUUUUGCUAUUCACCCUGCUCUGCGGCCUCGUCGGCCUCUCAGCCGCCAAGCACCUGGAUCUGGAUGGCCACGGCAUCCACCACCAUCAGCACCACCAGCAUAGCGCCACCACGCACCACCGGCGUCGCCUGCAGCGGGACUCGCGGGCGAAGGACGCGGCGGUCGGACAGCUCCACCAGUGCGAUGCCGUCAAGAGUUACUUUGAAUCGAACUUGAACUUGGACAUCAAGUCGAGUGGGACUUACGACGAAAAAGGCGCCAUUUGCGGUGGAAGCUGCUGCAAUAAUGCCACGGAGCUGCAACUGCGUGACAAAGCCGCCGCACAGUUUGAGAAACUGCUGCACCACCACACCACCAGUCUGCGCGGAGUCCUCGAGAAUACAGCCGACCAAUUUCAGAGUCACGUGCUGGAAUUGGCUCAGAUUUCGGAGAACUAUACCCACUAUCAAUUCGCCAGGGUUUACGAUAGGAUGGUGCCGCAAGCCCGCAUGAUGAUCCAGCACUUGUACACGGACAUCUUGAACCAACUUAACUACGCCUCGAACUACACCAACAGCAAUGGCCAGCAGGGCAGGCGUGGCAUUGGAAGUGUGCACAGCAACCUGGAGGAGGCUGUGCGGCGCUUCUUCGUCCAACUCUUCCCGCUGGCCUACCUCUACCAGGUGCACAUAUCCCUGAACAGCACCCUGGGCGAGCUGCACGAGGACUACAUCAACUGCCUUCAGCACAACUUCGACGACAUGCGUCCGUUCGGCGAAAUUCCCCGCCAGCUGCAGGCCAGCCUGGGCCGGAGUGCCCACAUGUCCAACGUCUUCAUGAACGCCCUGCUCCAGUCCGCCGAGGUCCUCAACGAGGCGGACCUCCUCUACGGCAAGCAGCUGACGGACACCUGCAAGCAGCAGCUCCUCAAGAUGCGCUUCUGCCCCAACUGCAACGCCCACCAUGCGAGGAGCGAAACGAAGUUGUGCGAGGGCUACUGCAAGAACGUGAUGCGCGGCUGCUCGGCGGAAUAUGCUGGCCUGCUGGACAGUCCCUGGUCGAGUGUAGUGAAUGCCCUCAACAACCUGGUCACCACCCACAUUCUUCCGGACAGUGGUAUCGUCAACGUCCUCAAAAAUCUGCCGCAUAAGCUCUCCGAUUCAAUCUUGUUCGCCAUGACAAAAAGCCCUGAUUUGGACCAGAAGGUGAAGAAGACGUGCGGCACGCCCAGCCUGUCGCCGUAUUCGUCCGGAGAUCCGCAUGCGAAUGCGAAGCCCGCGAACUACAAGCCCCCCAAGUGGGCCAAUGCACCGGAUCCGGGCAUGGUCAUCUUCCUGUCCACCAUCGACAAGAGCAAGGAGUUCUACACGACCAUCGUGGACAACUUCUGCAACGAGCAAAAAUCUCGUGAGGAUGGCUCCUGCUGGACAGGCGAUCGCUACGGGGACUACACCCAGCUGCUCAUUGACUCGGGAACUGAUAGGCAGCGCUACAACCCCGAGGUGCCCUUCAAUCCGAACACACAGGUCAGCCAGCUGAACGAGCUGGUCGACAAGCUCAUCAAGAUCCGCCAGAGCAUUGGAGCUGCGACACCUUCAAAUAGCAUACAGUCGUCGCACGACAUCCAGAACGACAUGGGAGAGGGCUCCGGCGGCGGAGAAGGCCAGAUCGGCGACGAUGAGGAGGAGUACGGAGGCGCACAUGGUUCCGGAGAUGGUUCCGGCGAUGGACCCCACACGCCCAUCGAGGAAACCGAAGACUCCACAUCGAACCAAGUGGAGUCGCGCGACGGCGACAAAGCUAGUGGGUCAAACCCGUUGGCGGCCACCGCGACGUGGAUGCUCCUCACUCUAGUCACAAUGCUCUUCAGUAGUUGUAGUUAAGGAUGCUGCCCCACCCGAGGGAUUGGACACAAUAUGUGCCCCGCUGCGAGAGCAGGGAAUGAUGAAGCCGCAACAAGAGCAACAGCAACAGCAACAGCAAGAGCAACAGCAAAUGCACAAGAAUCGAGUUAAAUCAUUAAUUAAUAACUAUUAUCAUUAUUAUUAUUAUUUGUGUAAUUCUUAAGUUGUUACAAGUAAUUUAUUAGGCCCUAAGCGCAUUCAUCUAGCAAUCGACUAACAAUUUACACACCAGAAGCGAAAACUGAACCCUUUCAAGCGCACCUCUCCUUCUAGCUUUUCCAAAUUUGGAGCUCAUCGAAUUUCCAUGCCGAAUCCAACUAGACUAGUGUGCCAUAUAAACGUGUUGGAGGUUUGCAUACGAAUCGAGUAAUUGCUAAAUAUAACUAUACGAAAAUUACACAAAAUAUUCUCAGACUCAAGCAGAACCCUUUCCAUAGAGUGUGCAGUUUGUUCAGAUACAUGUUAAUAUAUAUAGUAUAGCGUACAGUACAUAAAGCUCAAUGUUCAAAGCAAGUUGUUCCUUUUCGGUGUAACUAACCAAGUAAACAGAAACGAAAUCAGAUUCUGAUUCAGAUUCAGAUUCCGAUUCAGAUGCAAUGGCUAGUUCUUGGAGCGAUCACAAAUAUUAUACGUAAAGGAUAUAAAUCUGUUAGCUGUAGCUCAGUGAAUGUUAAACUUAAACGAAAUUAUUGUUGUCUACACAUUUCGAACUGAACGAAUGCGAACAAUUUAGAAAUUGAUUAAUUGGGUAAUCGACGCGAAAUGCAAACGAAUGGAAUUUAGUUGAGUAAACGCACUUUACGGAAAAACUAGAAGACUUACAGCUUUAUACGCAAAACAAAAAACGAAAAAAAAAAAAACAAAAAACUAUAAAAUGAAACGAAAAUCGAUGAAAAUCUAUUGAUAUAUAUACGUAUAUUAUAUGUAGCAUUAUUUAAAUUAUAUGAACAAAGAGAGAAGACCUUGGGGAAAUGUCAUGAAAUGCAUUCAGCUAAUUAGAGUUUAUGGAGCACUCGGAGUUCUGAGAGAAGGUGCAGAAAAUGCAGAGUUCAGCGCACAAAUCACAGUUCGCAAUUUGCAAUUCGCAAUCUGCAAUUUCAAACGAAACUAUUGUUGCAAUCUAACGGAUACUUUACAGUGGGGCAGAGCGCUGCUGAAUCAAAUCCAGAGAGCAGCGCUGGCGACACUCUAAAAAACAAACAAAUAAAUAUAAUAUAUUAUAUAUAUACAAAUGAAUAUGAAAUAUGCAUUAAUACGAGUACGACGCCAGCGAUAAGAAUGAAGUCUAUAAAUAUAUAUAUAUAUAUAUAUAUAUAUAUAUA